CUGUGAUUUGCGGGUUUGGCCCUGAGACUGAGAGCCGAGGAGGAGAGAACCGGCAGUUGCAGACUUCUGAAUGCAUGGCUCGGGAAGGAGAGAGAAAGAGGAAAGCAGGUAUAGAACUCGACUUCGAUAAGCUACUUCCUAGAGACGAUGAGCCUCCUCCGGAGUUGCUGAUUCAGGAGAAGUCGAUGCCGCUGGCGGAGGCGGAACCGAGGUCCGACAAUUAUAUCAGGAAUCUCCCCGAUAAAGAGCUCAAAGAGAGGAUUACGAGGAACACGAAUUUCGCAAACGCAAAUGCGACUAUAUUGUCCGACGGCGGCGCCAAAUUGAGAGCUAUCGUUAAUAGGAUGGAAGCGGAAUUGGCGCGCAGAAGUCUUGACAAGGAUAACCUCAAAUGCAACAAGUCGAUAACAUUAGUUGAUGAGUCUACUUGUAAUGGUGCCAUGGAUGACUUAUCUCAUACACGAGCUCCACCAUCUGAACCUGCUUCAGAAUUUAGUAAGCAUUUCUGCAGCAAGUUAGACAAUGAAAAUGCAAACAGGAGUUUCAGAGCCGAAUUAUCUACUUUGAAUCAAUCUGAUCAGAAAAAUAUCCAAGAGCACAAGCCAUUUUUAGCUCAGAUAACACAGAAGAAAGGUUUAUCAUCAAGACAAACACCUUUUAAAACUGCAAAUUUUCUUUCAGCAAAUAUUGGUAACCAGCAGCAAACCAAUGGUGAGAAACGAGGAAGCCAUGCUUCUAAUUCUUCAUCUCAUCCGUCUAACAAAGAUGUUUCUUGUCGUUCAGCAAGAAAGAAAAGUAGUAUUCCUAGUCCGCGUCUACAUAACACCAGAAGGAGCAUGCGGAGAGCUUUUGUUCUAGUAGAUGAGGAGGAUGAACUUGAGGUCGAUGUAGUAGAUGAAACAGACCAAGUGGGUCAAAGCAGCAAAGAUGCCUGUAUAUACUACCCAUCAAGGGAUGAUCCUGAAGCCAUCGAAAUUUGUUACUUGGACAUGGAAUGUCUGACUCCGGAGUCUUAUUUGUCAUCACCAAUCAUGAACUUUUACAUUCGAUAUUUGCAGAAACCAACACCCCCAAGUGCUAGAAGAAAAGACAAUUAUCAUAUGUUUAACACUUACUUCUACGAGAAGUUGAAACAGGAUGUUCUGUCGAAGGCUGAUAGAGAAGAUCUAUUUUUGAAGUUCAGAAGGUGGUGGAAAGGUGUGAAUAUAUUCGAGAAAGCAUACAUUUUCCUCCCAAUUCAUGAAAACUGUCAUUGGAGUUUGAUUAUUAUAUCCAUGCCAAAUAAAGAAGAUGAAUCAGGGCCAAUUAUACUACAUUUGGAUUCUUUAGGACUUCAUUGCAGCAAGUCAAUUUUCAGUAAUAUUAAGAGCUUUCUAGUAGAAGAGUGGAAGUUUCUGAAAAAAGAAGAAGUGCUGCAACUGCCCUUUGCAGAGAAUAUCUGGAACAGGCUCUCUCGAAGAAUUGAAGACAGAGUUAUUGAGGUGCCUCAGCAACAGAAUGUAUACGACUGUGGUCUUUUUGUUCUAUUCUUUAUAGAACGAUUCAUUGGUGAUGCGCCUGAAUGUCUGAAAAAGCGGGACUUGGAUAUGUUCGGAAAGCAAUGGUUCAGACCUGAGGAAGCUUCAAGUCUGAGAAGGAGAAUUCGCAAUUUACUGAGGGAAGAGUUCAAGAAAGCAGACGAAAAGCCGUGUACAGUAGAUUGAAGGAUGAAGUGAAUAUUGAUACAUUCAAGCAGACAGAUUUUGAAACGACUUUUGUACAGGAUUCUUACAGACAUGACGAGUUAGAAGUGAACUCUGAGCUACAUUUUAGAACAAAUGGAGUUAGUAUGGAGGAUUUUUUUGGUGUAUAUUGAUGGAAACUACUCCACAAUGUAAAGAUCGACAGCUAUCAAUCUUUAAAAUGGGAAGUUGAGUUUACGUCGUG